GCUAAUCGGGAUCCUUUCAUGAACGAAAUGCAAAAAUACAGUCGCAAAGCAAUUCAAAACAAAAAAAAUUAUCUAAGGUCCCAAAACUCGUGCGGUGAUGAAUUUAUCUGUGAGAAAACUAUUUUUUAGAGAUGUUAAACUGUUAAACAGGUGUUAUUCUUCUAUUCGUCGUGAUGGUUUCGAAAAUCGGCUUCAGCAAGGUCCGGGCCUUCGUGAGUUCAUUCAACAACAGGAAGGUACACCCGAUGAGGGAUUGUCGUCGGUACACCACAUUAAGAAGGUCAGUGAUAUACCGUACUUGUCGCGUGAAUCUGUUUCGGGACACCGACGGAAAGUUUUCUUCGAAGUGUACGGUUGCCAGAUGAACACCAAUGACACCGAAAUCGUGUGGUCUAUUUUGAAAUCCCAUGACUUCCGUCGAACCGGAAGCAUUCACGAUGCUGAUGUGGUACUGCUGAUGACUUGCGCCAUCCGGGAUGGAGCAGAGAGUACUGUCUGGAAUCGACUGAAGCACUUCCGUUCGAUAAAGGACCAGCGAGAGGAAACUAAACCUAUUCAAAUUGGUGUUCUAGGUUGCAUGGCCGAAAGAUUAAAGACACAACUGGUGGAGAAGGAACGGGUCGUUGACGUUGUGGCUGGUCCCGAUAGUUACAAAGAUCUACCGAGGCUCCUCGCAGUUGGCCAGAAAGGACAGAAAGCAAUCAAUGUUUUACUUUCUCUCGAUGAAACGUACGCCGAUGUUAUUCCGAUGAAACUAGAUCGUAAAUCGCGGACGGCAUAUGUGUCUAUUACGAGGGGCUGCGACAACAUGUGCUCCUACUGCAUAGUCCCAUUCACACGGGGCAAGGAACGAUCCAGGCCUAUUGCUUCAAUCAAACAGGAAGUUUUGUACCUGGAAUCCAAAGGUAUCAAGGAGAUAACACUACUGGGUCAAAAUGUGAAUAGCUAUCGAGAUACGUCAGGCCAAAUCUAUGAACAAGACAGUACAAAGCAAGCUGUUGUCGUGGCUCCGGGUUUUAAAACAGUUUACAAAACUAAAAUCGGGGGUCUAAAAUUUGCUGAACUGCUAGAGGAAAUUGCACAAACUGUCCCAGAAAUGAGGAUUAGAUUUACAUCACCCCAUCCUAAAGAUUUCCCCAAAAAUGUGCUAGAAACAAUUGGUCGUUAUCCCAACAUUUGCAACAGCUUACACCUUCCCGCCCAAUCUGGAAGCUCCUCGGUGCUGGAACGAAUGCGUCGUGGUUACAAUAGGAAAGCCUACAUAAAUCUGGUUCACGAAGUCCGUUCAAUACUACCGCAAGUGACACUGUCGAGUGAUUUCAUUUGCGGGUUUUGUGGCGAAACGGAUGAGGAAUUCGCGGAAACGAUCUCCUUGAUUCGAAAAGUAAAAUACCACAAUGCCUUCCUGUUUGCCUAUAGCAUGAGAGAGAAAACAACGGCUCAUCGACGUUUUCAAGACGAUGUACCAGAAGAUGUGAAGCAAUCUCGUCUCCGUGAAAUGAUAAAGGCUUUCCGAGAAACAGCAGAACAAUUAAACAGCAAAUUCGUUGGCAGAGUGGAGUUGGUUUUGGUGGAAGGUCCAAGUAAGAGGUCUAACAGAGAUCUAUCUGGACGGAACGACGGUAAUGUAAAAGUUAUAAUUCCUUUCGGGCAUGUUCCUUGGGAUGAUAUCGAUGGUAGCGAGAUGAAAUCCAUUGUCAGUGGUGAUUACGUGGCCGUAAGGAUCACCGAGUCCAAUUCGCAGAUUUUAAAGGGGGUUCCACUUUAUCAUACAUCGAUUCAGAAGUUUUAUGAAAAAACUAAAAGCAAUCUUGGGCAGAGAUUGAUAAAUGUUGGUUAAAUAUGUAUACAAUCAAAAAUAUUAAGCUUAACUAUGGAACUAAU